AUACACGACUUUAUCUAAAGGCGUCACUGUCCCAUGCACCGUCUCCCUGCUCUCCCUCUGAAACAAUUUACCACGCCGAAGAGAUUUUCCUCCUGCCUACCUCCCAAAGGCUGGGUGAUCCAUCACAUCACACUGUUCUUGACAUCUUCGUUCCUUUUCGCCCGUUGCUUUGCAGACUAAUAUUCCAUCUCCUGCAAACAGUCCCUUCGCUUUUUCCACUGAAGCUCUUUGUUGUGGGGGGAAACGCUGAUGAUCCGAGAGCUGUUACGUUACGCUACCCCUUAAACAUUCUCUCAUCCAGCAAUAUUAGGCUUCCGCCCAACAGCUUUCAUCAACAUAACCAUCCCCCCGAACGUCGUGGUGUAGGUUUACACACUUGGUCUGGAAAAGAAAGAACGGAUCUCUAGUCUUUGCUGCGAAAUAACGGCUCGCUGAGCUUGUCGCAAACAUGGCGUACAAUCCCCCAGGGAACAAUAACGAAUAUGACGGGCACCGGCUUCAAGACCUCUCUGCAGGCAGCACGUAUCAUUUACCCCCUGCUGAUGCAGAGGACGAUGAAGCGCAACGGCAUCAUCUGCUCGGUCAAACGCCCGGUCACCACUACGAGCAGGAUCGACUAGGUGCACACACACCUCCCGUGCGUCCUGUCUCCGCAUACAGCCUCACGGAGUCUUACGCGACAAACGCUCCUCCCACGACUCAAACCCCACAGCCUUAUAACAAUGAGUAUGCAGGUGGAUUCGCUGGGCAGCAGUUGGAAGACACUGGUUUCGGCUUCGGUACUCCCCGACCAGCAUCUACCGUUGACUCUGAAGAGAGCUGGCUGCGGCGUCAACAACCAGGUGGCGCACCUGGUGGUCUGAAGCGCUAUGCCACGCGAAAAGUCAAGCUUGUUCAGGGAUCCGUUCUCAGUGUGGAUUAUCCUGUUCCCAGUGCCAUCAAGAACUCGGUCCAGCCCAAGUAUGCAGACAAUGAGAGUGGCACCGGUGAAUUCGUCAACAUGCGAUACACAGCCGCUACCUGCGAUCCUAACGACUUCACCCUCAAGAAUGGAUACGAUCUUCGCCCCAGGAUGUACAACAGACAUACCGAGCUUCUCAUUGCCAUCACUUAUUACAACGAAGACAAGGUUCUCUUCGCUCGAACGUUGCAUGGUGUAAUGCAGAACAUUCGCGACAUCGUCAACUUGAAAAAGUCUACCUUCUGGAACAAGGGCGGUCCCGCUUGGCAGAAGAUUGUUGUUUGCUUUGUCUUUGAUGGUAUAGAGAAAGCAGACAAGCAAACCUUGGAUGUCCUCGCAACUAUCGGUGUGUUUCAAGACGGUGUGGUCAAGAAGGAGGUUAAUGGCAAGGAAACUGUUGCUCAUGUUUUCGAAUACACCACGCAGUUGUCCGUAACACCCAACCAACAGCUCAUUCGUCCGUCACCAACGGAGGACACUCCGCAGACGCUCCCCCCAGUUCAGAUGAUAUUCUGUCUGAAGCAGAAGAACAGCAAAAAGAUUAACUCUCACCGUUGGCUCUUUAACGCGUUCGGCCGUAUUCUAAAUCCCGAAGUCUGUAUUCUCCUCGAUGCCGGUACCAAGCCAGGAGCCAAAUCACUCCUAGCAUUGUGGGAAGGUUUCUAUAACGAUAAGGAUCUCGGUGGUGCUUGUGGUGAAAUUCACGCCAUGUUGGGUAAGGGCGGCAAGAAACUCAUCAAUCCCCUAGUGGCGGUGCAGAACUUUGAGUAUAAGAUUUCUAACAUCCUGGAUAAACCCCUCGAGAGCUCCUUCGGCUACGUUUCUGUGCUUCCCGGUGCCUUCUCCGCCUACCGCUUCCGAGCAAUUAUGGGUCGCCCUCUGGAGCAAUACUUCCACGGUGACCAUACUCUUUCCAAGAUCCUGGGCAAGAAGGGUAUCGAAGGCAUGAACAUCUUUAAAAAGAACAUGUUUUUGGCUGAAGAUCGAAUUCUAUGUUUCGAGCUGGUUGCUAAAGCUGGCUCUAAAUGGCAUUUGACAUACAUCAAGGCGGCCAAGGGUGAGACCGAUGUGCCUGAGGGUGCUCCGGAAUUCAUCAGCCAGCGUCGUCGAUGGCUCAACGGUUCUUUCGCUGCCUCGCUUUAUUCACUUAUGCAUUUCGGUCGGAUGUACAAGAGCGGUCAUAAUAUCCUUCGCAUGUUCUUCUUCCAUCUUCAGCUUAUCUACAACGUCGCAAACGUCUUGUUCACUUGGUUCAGUUUGGCAUCGUACUACUUGACUACAACGGUUAUUAUGGAUCUAGUUGGUAAUCCUGACCCAGCGACAGGACAACAUGGCUGGCCCUUUGGAGAUGAUGCCACGCCCAUUAUCAACAUCAUUCUUCAGUAUUUCUACGUCGCAUUUGUCAUCCUUCAGUUCAUCCUCGCGCUGGGUAAUCGUCCUAAAGGUACCAAAUGGCAGUAUAUGGCUUCAUUUGCGGUGUUUGGUUUGAUUCAGUUCUAUAUCAUCAUCCUCUCGAUCUACCUGGUAGUCCGCGCCUUCACGAGCGAUGCCAACAAGCUCCAAGGUGACGCUGGCGAUGCACUGAAAUCACUGUUUACAACGAAUUCUGAAGUCGGUAUCAUCAUUGUUGCCUUGCUGGCUACCUUUGGGCUGUACUACAUUGCGUCUUUCCUCUACCUGGACCCUUGGCACAUGUUCCACUCCUUCCCCGCAUAUCUGAUCUUCGCGUCGACUUACAUCAAUAUCCUGAACGUUUACGCCUUCAACAACUGGCACGAUGUUUCAUGGGGUACCAAGGGUUCGGAUAAGGCGGAAGCUUUGCCGACUGCGCAAGUCGUGAAAGACGAAAAAGGUGAAGCAGCUAUAGAAGAAGUGGAAAAACCGCAGGAGGAUAUUGACAGUCAGUUCGAGCAAACUGUCAAGCGUGCUUUGGCGCCGUUCAAGUCGGUCCAGGAAGAUGACAAGCCUGACCUGGAAGAUUCGUACAAGUCUUUCCGUACAUCACUCGUCAUUACGUGGUUGUUCACCAACUUGGCACUCAUCAUUGGUGUGACAAGCGACAGCCUCGCCGCCUUCGGCAUUGGUGGCAAAACGUCGGACAGAACUGCCGCCUACUUCAAAUUCCUUCUCAUUGCGACGGCCAUCCUAUCACUCGUCCGCUUCAUCGGAUGCUUGUGGUUCUUGGGUAAGACCGGAAUCAUGUGUUGCUUCGCAAGACGGUAGACGGGUGUCGUGCUCACACAGAGGCACAUCCCACUUUGCAUCCCAGUUUGUGUAUAAAAAGGCGACCAUCUAUAGGACCCGGCGUCAUAAGUUUGUCUGCUUUUCUCCCUUUUCUGUACUGGAUAGAUGGAACGAGCGUGGCCAGGUGCGGGCCAACACCUCGACCUUUCAAACCCUUUCAGUUGCAGCAUAAUGACCACAGGCUGCUUCUGGGCUUUUUCGACUGUGUUCGGAGAAGCUACUGAAUGUUUUAUAUGCUAUUAAUAGGCCCAAUUGAACGAUCAAUUUAUUCCACCCACAACUUCUAGCCCCUGCAUUCGUAUUCUAUUUAUAAGGCAUUUAUGCAAAUUGACCAGCCCAC